AUGGCUCUAACCCAACAACCCCCGACCACUAUCCCCCUAGACAUCUUCCCGGACGGCCUCAAAACCACCGGCCAACACCCCCCGCUUUACGAACACAUCCACCCCUUCGACCGCUUCCCCAAGGAAAUCACCGGCCCGACCGUCUGGAAGCCCGAAGACUACCGCGAGCACCCGGAGAAAUGGACCCAUCGGUUUACCCCGGAAGAGGUCGAGGAGCUCUCGACGGCGGCGGAUGCCUUCCUGGCGAAUAAGAUUCCGUUGACGGGUAUUAGCAAGACCAACUUCCCCCUCCCCACCCUCUCCACGCGGCUACACACCCUGCGCGAAGACCUGCUCAACGGCAAAGGCUUCAUCCUCUUCAAAGGCCUCCCCGUGCACGCCUGGGGCAAUCACAAAUCCGCCGUCGCGUACAUGGGCCUAGGCACGUACCUGGGGUAUUUUGUGAGCCAAAAUAGCCGCGGUCACGUUCUGGGGCAUGUCAAGGACCUCGGCGAAGAUCCCACGCAGAUCGACUCGGUGCGCAUCUAUCGUACGAAUGCGAGACAAUUCUUCCACGCCGACGACUCGGACAUCGUCGGCCUGCUCUGCAUCCACCGCGCGCGCGAGGGCGGCGAAUCCGACCUCGUCUCCUCGCACCACGUAUACAACACGCUGGCCCGGGAGCGGCCGGACGUGCUGAAGACGCUGACGGAGCCGAUCUGGUACUUCGACCGGAAGGGGGAGACCAGCAAGGGCGAGGAGGAGUGGAUCCGCACCAGUGUGGUGUAUUUGGAGCGGGAGGGUGCUGGUGGUGCCGAGCCGCGGGUGUAUACCAAGUGGGACCCGUACUACGUCCGCUCGCUGACACGCUUCUCGUCAACCGGGUUAAUCCCCCCGCUCAGCGCGGCCCAAACCGAGGCCCUCGAGGUGCUGGAAGCCACCUGCAACCGGCACGCGUUGCACAUGAUCCUCGAGGUCGGCGAUAUCCAGUUCCUGGCGAAUUCGCACGUGCUGCACGCGCGCACGGCGUACGUGGACCACGCGCCGCCCACGCCGCGGCGGCAUCUGAUGCGGUUGUGGUUGGCGACGCCGGAGAGUGAGGGCGGGUGGCGGUUGCCGUUCUGGGAUAGUAAUGAGAAGAAGCGCGGGGGCAUUCAGGUCGAUGAUCAGCCGCCCGUGGCGCCUUUGGAUGCUGAGUAG